GAUUGAGAAGAUAUGCGGAGAAAAAAACGAGAGUUUGGAGUUUGUUUUCACUUGAGCGCUGUUACUUCGGUUCCUGUUACUUACCGUUCCCGAUAAAUGGUCGCUACCACCAUGCAGUGUAGAAGAUAAAGCGCUUCCUUUGCCAACAAGUUUCAAUUUCUUCUUCAGGAACCCUCCUCUCUUUCUCUUUUUAUUUCCUUUAAAUUCACUGCUCAGGUAACUCACUCUUCAUACCCUUUUUUUUUUUUUUUAACUUUUCUAUGGGGGGAAUGGAAAAUUUGAAGAUGGUUAUGAAGGAUUUUCCUCAGUGGAUUAUGGGUCUUAGCUAUUUUUCAAUAAUUUUAUUAUUUUCUUAAAAAGUUUUGAAAUUGUUCUUGCAUUGAAGGCUUUUGGGAGAAAGCUCUGAUUUUUAUUUUAUUUUUUAAAAUUAUAUCUAUGGUUCAUAUGAGCAAAUAACUUUACUUGUAAGGUAGUGUUGAUCUUAGUGUGGUUCUCUUCUCUUUAUUCUUAUAUUGAUUCCAAAGUUUGUGCAUGAUUAUGCUUGACUUGUGUCUUAUGGGAUUUUGGCAUUUGUGCAAACCCCCUUUUUAAGCGUCUAAGAUAUUUCAGCAACGAGCGUGUGCGGAUAGCUUGAAAUACGAUCAGUGAUAGGGGAUUGACUGAUGUGAGUUCUUUCUUGUUUUGCGUUACAAGUGGUGAUCCUUCAGCAUGUAUAAGGAAGCGAAGAUAAAAUAUAUUAAGCCUUCGUAAUUAGGAAUUACUUGCAUGCUUGAUUAGUUGAGUUCCAUUGAGGUAAAUGUUUGUAGUUCACUUUCUGGUGUUUGUCUUGUUUUCACUGGACAUGAAUUGGAUGCUUUUUUCAUGUUGAAAUAGAUGUUUUCAUCGAUUAGAGGUGGCUUUAACACAUCCAUAAUAUCUUACUUUGAUCCUCUCCCCCCCCCCCCCCCCUCUUUUUCUGAGUUAAGCGCUAGAUCCCCUAUCAAGCAUCUAUCUUUAACCUGCGGAUGAUUUAAAUCUCAGACGUGAAUCUCGUUAUAAUUUGGGACAGAAUAUUCUUGGUCUGAAAUUGUCUCUCGAAACCUCUUAUGUGAAAAUGUUGAAACUCCAUAUCAUUUUCUUUUAGUUAUCACGUGAAAACCGUAAUUUGUCCAGUUUGUUUUGAUGCCUAUUUACACUGUUUGAAACGACUUCUUGUUGGUGGUGCCAUUAUAAGGAGACUCUGAAUUGAUUUUGAAUUUUUGAUUUCUUCUCAUUCAAACACUGCUAAAUUUUCUUCUACUUCAGUGGCUCCCGUGCUGGAAAAGUUAACCUGCUGAUGAAUUAUUCUGAGUGCAUUGCUGAUUGUAUACAACACAAGAGGCAUGGAUAUUGUGCAAGCCUUGUCUUAAAAAAAAAUCAUAAUAUAACAAUCUCGUUAUUUCAUCAUUGGUAUUAGAUAAGCUUGAUUGUUGUUUUAAUGUUUCAAAAAUUAUCAUCAUGCCUCCGUGGAUCCAUAAAUGCUGAACUAUGAAAGCAAAAUGUGUUCUUUAAAUCAAUGGUCCUCAACGCUUCUGCACUUCUCUCCUUACAUGUAGUCAAAUAGAGUAUUGAAAUGUUCUUUGACAUCCUUUGUUAAUCAUUGAGGUCGAAAUGGCUUUUGAAUUUGACUAAUUUGUGUAAAACUAGACAUUUUUAUUGAAUGUUCAGUUUCAUUUCUGUAAAAUAGAUGGUAAAUAUUCUAUAUAUUCAACUAUUGAAGCACUUCAGCAAAAGGUUUUCUUUCACAGGAGCUUUUUGACGAGUUUUGGUUGACUAUAGAAGGAAAAAAAUUAUAAAGCAUUUUAGCCACUUGUGGUUUAGCCAUGAUUACUGCUUGUGACGUUUGGAUUUCUGGUGGAAAAGUUCCAAACUGUAUUGUAUUUUGGGCAAGAACUUGUCUUUACCGCUUUUGCUGGCAUCUACUUCUCGUCUUACUUUUUAUCUUGCUUCUCUGUACAAAUGUUAUAAAUGAAUAUUGAGUUUAAUAUACAGGGCUCUAGAUGGAUACAGUUGACCAAAUAAAAGGCAAGGAUGCUCUUGUCGGGGACUCGGAAAACCCACUAUUGGGAAAAUUUGACAAGCCGCUUCCAUGUUUUGGCUGUGGAAUUGGAUGGUUCUCUCUCCUGCUAGGAUUUGUUUGUCCACCCAUGUGGUAUUAUGCUACAAUUCUCUACUUUGGAAAUCACUAUCAUAAGGAUCCAAGAGAGCGAGCUGGACUUGCUGCUUCUGCUAUUGCUGCUUUGAUAUGCACAAUUGCUGUGAUGAUAACAACAUUUGUUCUUAUCUUGUAAUUUUACGUUCAACUAACCUAUCUCAAGUCAGUUAGUUAACGAGAAAAAAAAGGAAGGCAAGGCUAAGGCCACGUGAGAAAGACGACAAGGCAAGCUAGAUCAAGCUGUUGUGAGCACUUUUGAUCAUCAAGGAAAGAUAGAUGCAGAAGCAUGAGCAAAUUCUAUUAUGUGACACAGCUGCUUUUGUCCUUUUUAUAGUUGUAUAUAUACUAGAUAAAAGAUAGUUACUUCAUCUCAUUAACUUAUUCAGGUGAUGUGUAUGUUUCUUGAGAACGAUAAUUAAUUGCAAUUACAAGUUUGUUAG